AUGACCUUUUCGGUGUCGCGAAGUGCCACGACGGUUCUUCACAAAAUCCAUUCUCACACCGAGAGCACGUCCUCGACGAGCAAACCGCGAAAGCCGUCGUUCUUUUCCCGCGAGUCCAAGAAGGGCAAGAUGCCGACCGCGCAGGAGGAAAAGGACUUCGUGGCACAUUUCGCCGAGCAAACGCACACGCUCGCCCCGGAGGAAAUCGCAAAAGACCCCAGGAAUAAAGAGCUGGGCCAUAGCUCUCGGUGCUUGAGUGUGAAAGAUUUUGAGCUGGUCAGGACUCUAGGAACGGGUGCGUACAUUGCCUAUCUUUAUCUUGGAACCUUUGCGCGCGUGUGGCUCGUCAGACUGGCUAAUCCUGCCGAAGCUGAUCGUCAAAAGGUGUUUGCUCUCAAGGUUCUGCGGAAGGUUGAGGUCAUCAAACUCAAGCAGCUCGAUCAUGUCAAUCAUGAGCGCGCGGUACUCGCAGAAGUCGCAGGUCAUCCAUUUAUUACAACAUUAAUUACUACAUUCUCUGACCAUGAUUCCUUAUACAUGCUUUUGGACUACUGCCCUGGCGGCGAAGUAUUCUCCUACCUACGAAAGGCCAAGCGCUUCGACGAAAAUACCGCAAGAUUCUAUGCUGCCGAAAUAGUACUCAUACUAGAAUUCCUCCAUGAGACAGAAGGUGUUGCGUAUCGCGAUCUAAAGCCGGAAAAUUUACUCCUGGAUGCGGAAGGUCACAUCAAAUUGGUUGAUUUUGGAUUCGCAAAGAAACUCGGCAGUAGGGAAACGUACACACUCUGUGGUACUCCAGAAUAUCUUGCUCCGGAAGUCAUCCAGUCCAAAGGCCACACAACGGCGGUAGACUGGUGGGCUCUUGGGAUAUUGAUCUAUGAAUUCCUGACGGGGUAUCCGCCGUUCUGGAACUCCAAUCCUAUUGAAAUUUACAAACAGAUCGUUUCUAAGCCUGUCCACUUCCCUGCCGAACCAAAUCUGUCGGAAGAAGCAAAAGAUAUAAUUCUCCAAUUUUGUGUGGUCGACCGAACUCACCGCCUGGGUAACAUCCAAGGAGGUGCCGCACGAGUCAAAGCACAUCCUUUUUUCAAAGGCGUACAAUGGGAAGAUGUUUACUAUCGCAAGUACCGCGGUCCCAUCAUUCCACCUGUCAGAUAUCCUGGAGAUACACAGUGUUUCGACCAAUAUCCGGACGAGAAAAGUAGUCGCGAACCAUACUCAAAGGAAUUGGAGCACAAAUAUGAAGACUACUUCAAGGACUUCUAA